UAUUUAUCCCACAGACAGCUGUGGUUGGAAUAUUUUUGAGAUUGGUGGGUAAUUUGGGUAUUGCUUAGUUGAGAUUAGUUAUUUGUCUUCAAUCAUUACGACAGAGACACAGCCUUUUUGUUUGGCUCCUUUGCUUUGAUUUGUUGGAAGAUACAAUCUUUGUUAUACAGAAAAACCAAAUCAAACCCAACAAUCAAAAACAUUGCCUCAUCUUUCUUUCUCAGGCAAGAAAAUUACAGACAUCGAUAUUAGUUGUUACAAAUUUUUAUUACAAAUUUUUAUUACAAAUUUUUCUUUCUUUUCUUAUUUCUACACAAAAGAAAUAAGAAAAAGAAGAAAAGAAGAAAACAAAAAACAAAACAAAAAGAAGAUGGGAACAUUUAAGAGUUUUAGACAGGCUUAUGGGGCGCUCAAAGACUCAACCAAGGUUGGGCUUGCAAAGGUCAAUAGUGAUUUCAAGGAUUUAGACAUUGCCAUUGUAAAAGCCACCAACCACGUUGAAUGUCCUCCCAAAGAACGUCAUGUUCGAAAAAUAUUUUCAGCGACAUCAGUUGUACGACCACGAGCAGACGUAGCAUAUUGCAUUCAUGCUUUAGCAAAGAGAUUAUCCAAGACACGAAAUUGGAUUGUUGCUAUAAAGAUAUUAAUAGUUAUUCAUAGAACAUUAAGAGAAGGUGAUCCUACCUUCAGAGAGGAGCUUCUAAACUACUCCCACAGAGAUCAUAUUCUCCAAAUAUCAAAUUUUAAAGAUGAUUCAAGCCCUCCUGCAUGGGAUUGCUCAGCAUGGGUUAGGACGUAUGCACUUUUUUUAGAGGAAAGGCUUGAAUGCUUCAGAGUCUUAAAAUAUGAUAUUGAAUCAGAACGCUUGACAAAAUCAUCAUCGGGCACAAGCAAGGUACAUAGUAGAACAAAAACUUUGGGUAGUGAUGAAUUGAUAGGCCAAUUGCCUGCAUUACAACAACUUCUUUAUCGUCUUAUCGGUUGUCAGCCUGAAGGAGCAGCUUACAGCAAUUACCUUAUCCAAUAUGCCUUAGCUUUGGUACUAAAAGAGAGUUUCAAAAUAUAUUGUGCUAUCAAUGAUGGAAUUAUCAAUCUCGUUGAUAUGUUCUUUGGCAUGUCAAAACAUGAUGCUGUCAAAGCUCUUAAUAUAUACAAAAGAGCUGGUCAUCAGGCAGAAAAUCUUGCUGAAUUUUAUGAAUACUGCAAAGGUUUGGAUCUUGCUAGGAACUUUCAGUUUCCAACACUAAGACAGCCACCACCAUCAUUUCUGGCAACAAUGGAGGAAUAUAUAAAAGAAGCUCCACAUGCAGGUUCUGUCCAAAAUAAACUGGAAUAUGAAGAGAGAGAGCCGUCGCCACCAACAUCAGAUGAACCAGUAGAAACAGAAAGGCAAGAAGAAAAAAAUGACGAGGAGCAUAAAUCAUUGAUUGAUCUAGAACAAGCCAAGACUCAACUUAAGGAGGAAUCAGAGAAACCUCCUCAACCACUUAUAUCAACUGAAAAUACAGGAGAUCUGUUGGAUCUAAAUGAAAUAAAUCCAAAAGCUGUAGAACUAGAGGAAAGCAAUGCAUUGGCUCUUGCAAUGGUUCCACCAGGCACUUAUUCAACAAGUGGUGGUUUAAGUGAAAUUGGAGGUCCAGGAUGGGAGCUAGCACUUGUUACAACACCCAGCAACAAUACAGCUCAUUUGGUAGAAAGCAAAUUGGCGGGUGGAUUUGACAAGUUGUUGCUAGAUAGCUUGUAUGAAGAUGAAGGUACUAGGAGACAAAUAGAGUUGAGAAAUGCAGGAUAUGGGUAUGGAUAUGAAGGGAUGGGUGCUGUCCAAAAUCCAUGCCAACAACAACAACAUGACCCAUUUAUAAUGUCGAACAGCAUUGCACCCCCAACAAAUGUACAAAUGGCCUUAUUGGUUCAACAACAGCAGCAAUACCAACACGAGCAAAUGCAAAUGAUGUUAUAUCAACAACAACAGCAACAUCAGCAGCAGCAACAGAUGAUGAUGACGAUGGUGCCUUACCAAUUCCCUCAACAACAGCAGCAGAUGCAAUACAUGGCUUCUUAUAACCCAUUUGGAGACCCAUUUUUUAACCUUUCACCAAGUUCAACAUCACAGCAAGGAAAUCAUGCACUACUUUAAACGUUUUUCUUUUUCUUUUAAUGUAGA